AUGACAAUGCGCACCCAACAACUCCGCAACCUUCCCUUGCGGCUCUUUCAGACAGUCAGCCUCUCGAAGCAAUGUUUCCGAUCACUCCAUGGAAAGACGGCACGGUCUGUGCCGUCACCGACCCCAUUUGUCCCUGAUGUCCAGACUUUCCUUACGUUGAUCGGCCGGGAAAUGUCGAAGCAUGCGAGCAAGAUCCCCUCCUGGGACCAACUUUUCAGCUUCAACUCUAAUCAACUCCGAGAACUCGGCAUUGAGCCCGCCCGCCAGCGACGAUACCUGAUUCGGAAGCGUGAAAAGUUCCGCAAUGGCGUUUAUGGCCCGGGAGGUGAUUUGAAACAAGUUGCGAACGGUGUCGCCCAAUUGCGAGUGGUGGAAAUCCCCGAUGAAACCAAACAGCCCUCGGCAGACUCAGAAGCUGCUCAGCGGGUCUCAUCUUCUGCUACUCUGACGCCUGGCAUGAAGAAGGCCAUCGUGAACAUGUUGCCAGGUGCCACCGAAUACAAGCACAGUUCGACCGCCCAACUGCCGAAGUUCGCCCACAUGAAAAUCCACAGAGGCUCUAAGAUCAUGGGCCCUUUCCUCCAACCGCUAAAGGGAAGCCACGGAAGUGCUGCGACUAUCACAGUUCAGGAAGGCAUGUGGGAAGACAAGCGGGGGCAGAAGGUGGAUGGUGGUGAGCGACGCCGCGUGGAGGUGCGGGCCAAGAGGCGACUCGAGGAAAGAAGAAAAGCGUAA